AUGAAGCUCCCCAGAGCCGCACUGCGGCAAUGUUCUCGCCAACUGCGACCUCAUCAAACUAACUGGCCUCUCCAACCACGUCUCCAAUCCGCCAAGUCCACCUCGUCCAUCCCCGCAUCAUCAACACCAUGCCGUCCAUCAUCCCGAACCUACGCAACAACACCAACAGUAGUCUCAGCCGCCGACCUCGAAUUCGGCCAACCCGUCUACGAAACGCACCCGCACAUGCUCCAACCGGGUGAACUAACCCCGGGCAUCACGGCGCAAGAGUACCACGAGCGUCGCUCCAAGCUCGCCUUCGCCUUACCAGAGAACGGCAUCGCCAUCCUGGCCUCUUCGGAGCUCAAAUACCGUUCCGGCGCCGUCUUCUUCCCUUUCCGCCAGGACUCCAACUUCCUGUACCUAACCGGCUUCUCCGAGCCGGACUCCCUGGCCAUCAUCCAAAAGACGGGCCCCAAACCAGGCGACUACGUCUUCCACCUCUUCUGCCGCCCCAAAGACCCGCGCGCCGAGCAAUGGUCCGGCCCCUGGUCCGGGCUGCAAGCAGCGGAGGAUGUCUUCAACGCUGAUUUCACCGGCGACAUUGCCCGCGUGGAAUCACUCCUGCCGCCCAUCCUCCGCGGUGCUUCAAAAAUCUACACCGACAUCACUUCCUCCACUCCGGUAACCGGGCAAUUGGUCACCACCCUCCUCUCACAUUUACAUCUCCCGCCCUCCCCCCUCGCCGGCCUCGUCCAUUCCUUGCGAGCCAUAAAAUCCCCGGCCGAAAUCUCCAACAUGCGCCACGCGGGUCGCAUCUCCGGACGCGCCCUCACCUCCGCCAUGCGCCGCUCGUGGUCCUCAGAAAAGGAUCUAGAAUCCUACCUCAACUACGCAUUCACAGCCAACGGCCUGUCCGGCCCGGCCUACGUGCCUGUCGUCGCCGGCGGUUCCCGAGGAAACAUGAUUCACUACGUGCACAACAACCGCCUUCUCGACCAGAACCAGAUGGUCCUGGUAGACGCCGGCGGCGAGUACGGGACUUACAUAACUGAUAUCACGCGCACGUGGCCCGUCAACGGCAAGUUCUCUGCUGCGCAGCGGGACUUGUAUCAGGCAGUCCUGACCGUGCAACGCCAAAUGGUUUCCCUAUGCCGCGAGAAUGCGUCCCUGUCGCUGGACCAGAUCCACCGCGCCACGGAAGCCGGUCUGCGGGAACAACUUACUUUGCUUGGCUUCGACCUGUCAGGAGGAGGGGGAGGAAAGAUGGAUGUGCUGUUCCCGCAUCAUGUGGGCCAUUAUGUUGGGCUGGAUGUGCAUGAUACCCCCGGGUAUUCGCGCGGGUUGACGCUCAGGCAAGGACACGCGGUGACGAUUGAGCCGGGAGUGUAUGUCCCCGCUGAUGAUGAGAGGUUUCCGGAGCAUUUCAGGGGAUUGGCGGUUAGGAUUGAGGAUAGCGUGGUGGUUGAUGUGGAUAGCCCGCUGAUUUUGACGACGGAGGCGGUUAAGGAGGUUGUGGAUAUUGAGGCUUUGAGGGGGUGA